CCAGCUAGGAAAGCCAAGACUCACCCCACCUUAAUGGUGACAAUAAACUAAAGGGAAGGAUCGUGGUGAGCUGGAAAAAACGAUGAUCCGCCGAGAGAGCAAGAGGAGAUCACGAACUGAGGCUGCUGGUGGUAUGGAUUCUAGCACCUUACCAGGAGCCAGCAAAAUCUACCGGCGGAAGAGCCGACGCCGUAUGACCUGCCCCAGCCCCCGGGAGAUCAACCAGGCUUUGGCCUGCAUCACGCUGGGAGAACUGAAUCGCUCCUGCACUCUGGAUGAGCUGAUUGAGAAAUGCCUUCGCUCCUUUGAUAUGGACGGGAAGCUGUGCACCAGUGACUUCAUGGUGAAUAUGACGCUAACAGUUCAUAGUUGGGUGGUCCCGUCUGCAGAGCUGGCCCGCCGCCUUUUGACUUUGUAUCAGGAAUCAUCCCAGGACAAGAACCCUGCACGCCAGCUGAGGAUUUGCCACUUUGUCCGGUACUGGCUUGGAAACUAUCCGGAGGCUUUUCGCCUGGACCCACACUUGGAGGAGGUGAUCACAGAAAUCUUGGAGGUGGUGAGGAACCAAGGCCCAGAAAGACACAGCAACUUGCUUGAUGCAUCCUGCAUGGUGAUCCAUACCUGGAACCGUUCUCUCAGUUGCCAAAGCAGUCCUGCCUGUGGCAAGAAACGUAAGGUCUCACUGCUCUUUGAUCACCUGGAUACAGGUGAACUCGCCAACCACCUCAGUUACCUGGAAUUCAAGGCAUUCUGCCGUCUCUCGUACUUGGAUUUCCAGAAUUACGUGCUACGUGGAUCUGUUCAUGGUAUCUCAGCCCUGGAACGUGCGAUCACACUGUUUAACAGUAUCUCCCAGUGGGUGCAAGUGAUGAUCCUCAAGCGUCCCACACCCCAGCAGCGAGCAGAAGUCUUCACCAAGUUCAUUCAUGUUACACAGAAGUUAAGACAGUUGCAGAAUUUCAACACACUCAUGGCAAUCGUGGGAGGGCUUUGUCACAGCGCCAUCGCUCGUCUCAAGGAGACCCAUGCAUUGCUACCUUCCGAGGUCGCUAAGCUGCUUGCUGAGAUGACCGAACUGCUCUCAUCGAGUGGAAACUAUGGGGCUUAUCGUCGGGCCUAUGCUGACUGCGAGGGCUUCAAGAUCCCCAUCGUGGGCGUCCACCUCAAGGACCUGGUGACGUUGCACGAGGCCCUCCCGGACCGCGUAGAGGGUGGGCGCCUCAACCUGAGCAAGCUGCAGAGCCUCUACGAGCCGGUGUGGGAGUUCCGGUUGCGGCAGCGGGCUCAGCCCCCCUUCAAAGCCAACAAGGACCUAGUGCAUCUGCUAACCCUCUCCCUAGAUCUCUACUAUUCAGAGGAGGAGAUCUAUGCCCUCUCAUAUGCUCGUGAACCUCGCUGCCCCAAGUUGCUGCCGUCUGCCCAGUUCAAGCCUCCGGUGGUCGUGGAGUGGGCGCCCAGAGUAGCCCCCAAGCUGGACCAUCUUGCCGUCAAGAGGCACGUCCAGCAGAUGGUGGAGUCUGUGUUCAAGAAUUACGAUCCUGAACAACGUGAUUACAUCUCUCAGGAAGAUUUUGAGAACAUCUCCAUGAGUUUCCCCUUCUCCUUCUAUGGAUUGGAAAGAGAGCGGGAAGGAACCUGGAGUCGAGAAGAUCUCUCAGAGUACUUCAUGCGGGCCUGUGCCAUUUUCUCCAAACUGGGCCUCGCUUUCCUGCAUGAUUUCCAAGAGGUCAGCUUCAAGAAGCCCACCUUCUGCGACCACUGCGGUGGCUUCCUCUGGGGAGUCUCCAAGCAGGGAUACCGAUGCAGGCCCUGUGGCAUGAUCUGUCACAAACACUGCAAGAACCAGGUGGAGGUGGAGUGUCAAAGCCGCCGCUUCCCUUCUUCCUCCUCUGACAGCACACCUCGCACAGCCACGCUAUCUACCACUCACCACCCCAGCUCAGGCUCAGAGGAAGAAAUGUUUCUCUUCCCACCAGGGUGGGAACAGGGCAAGAGCCCUGUGGUCUCGCUGUCGAGCAGCCCAGGCAGUCGGCUGGUAAAACACGCCUGCACCCAAACCGAGGGGGCUGGCCCCGUGGCUGAGGAGCAACAGGAGCAGGAGGCGGACGGCUGCAACAAGAAUCGGAAGCAGCUCCUGGAACUAGUGAAGGAGCUGGAAAAGGAACGGGACAGGCUGAUGACCGACAACCAGUGCCUCCAGAACCGCUACUCACAGCUGGAGGCGGAGAACAGACGGCUGCUGAAAACAGGGACGCCCGGGUCCCUGUAUGAAAUUGCGCCUCGGUUUAUUUGAGGCACCUUGUCUGUUGCUGCUCUCUGCCGCAAAGUAUAGCAAUGAAAGAGCUUUCCUGACUGCCAAACAUUCAUCCUCAAGGUGCCGGAGAUCAGGAAAAGAGACUGGGGGAGGAAGCCGUUCGCUGAAGAUUUAAGACAGCAGGAGAAAGAAAAUCUGGGAGGUGGGAGCUGAGCAACUACACUGUCCUAGGGGUUCUUUAAUUUCCAAUCAAGGACAUCUCCCACAACCACCUUUUCAGUCCUGCUCCUUUAAGGGAAGAUGGGAAUCUGAGCCCCUUACUAUGCAGAAAAGCUUCCGAUCUGUAUUUAUUUAUUAUAUAUAUAUAUAUAUUUUAAAAAUAUACGCUGGCCCGUUUUAUGGCUCUAGGCAGCUUUUGGGAUUUGAAAAUAAAUACUGCAACUAAAAUAAUUAAAACCAGCAGCAUUAAAAAUCCUAACCUAAAAGUAACAUGUUUGAAUGUCCCUUGAGGAAUUCCAAGACGAACCGGGGGAGCUUGAAGUCCAACAGCCAGUGGUUCAGUAACGCAGGCCCACCGC